AUGGAACAGCACAACCUCGCCACCAGCGUCCAGCUGGACAUUUUGCCUCAGACAUCGGUGAACGACCACAUCCUGUCACGGUCGGGUUAUACCACACUGGCUGCGAUCAUAGGUGUCUUCUCCAUCACAGGCAUACUCUUUAACAUCACCGUGAUUGUGGUGACACUUCGUCACAGACAGCUGCGUCAGCCUCUGAACUAUGCCCUGGUGAACCUGGCAGUGGCAGACCUGGGUUGUGCCCUCUUUGGUGGACUGCCCACUAUGGUCACCAAUGCCAUGGGCUACUUCAGCCUGGGUAGAGUUGGAUGUGUGAUAGAGGGAUUCGCAGUAUCUUUCUUUGGUAUCGCUGGCCUGUGUUCAGUCGCAAUCAUUGCUAUGGACCGCUACGUGGUGGUGUGCCGACCGCUAGGGACAGUCAUGUUCCAGACCAGACACGCAGUGGCCGGUGUUGUCUUCUCCUGGGUGUGGUCCUUUGUUUGGAACACCCCACCACUCUUUGGGUGGGGCAGCUAUCAGCUAGAAGGGGUUCUGACCUCCUGUGCCCCAGACUGGUACAACAGAAAUUUGGGGAAUAUGUCUUACAUAGUGUGUUACUUCUUCCUGUGUUUUGCCAUACCGUUCUCCAUCAUUCUGGUAUCUUACACACGGCUUCUGUGGACACUCAGACAGGUGGCUAAACUCCAGAUGUCAGAGGGAGGAAGCACUGCAAGGGCAGAGAUGCAAGUGGCUCGUAUGGUGCUCCUCAUGGUGGUGGCUUUCCUGAUCACCUGGCUACCCUAUGCGUCCUUCGCCCUCUCUGUUAUCCUUGACCCCAACUUGUACAUUGACCCAGUGAUUGCCACUGUGCCCAUGUACCUGGCCAAGAGCAGUACCGUCUUCAACCCCAUCAUAUACAUCUUCAUGAACAGACAGUUCAGAGACUGUGCUGUGCCUUUCUUGCUCUGUGGAAGAAACCCAUGGGCCUCAGAGCCAGAAGGAUCAGAGGCACAGACAGCAGUGUCUACAGUGAGCAAGAGCAACCAGGUCUUGCCUUCUUGAAAUGCAGGCCACAUGCAUUUGCGUUAGGAAAAAAGUAUGUAGAACAAGAAUGUUUUAAGAUAAGAUCUGAUUACUAUAUCUGUUUUUACAAAAGACAUGUUUUGAUUAAUU